AUGGAGGAGCAGUGCAUCACUCUCCUCCCCGUUCACCUGUUUGGCACUGGGCGACCCUACCAGGAGCCAAAGCGAAAUGUCCUGACUCCAGGGGGCUGUGGGGAGCAGUUUCAGAGCGAGGGGGAGUAUCUGGAGAUGGUGGCUGUCAGCCGGUAUCAGGCCGGACAAUACGAGUGCAGCAGUUCCAACGGACUUGGGACACCUGACUCUCACCGCGUCCACCUCACCGUCAACUAUGCCCCGGAGAUCACAGAUGUGAGGAACGUGACGGGAAGGAAAGGACAACCUGCCGUUCUGCGCUGUGAGGCUCACUCUGUACCUGCCGCAGACUUCCAGUGGUACAAGGAGGAGAAGAGGCUCUCGGGAGGAAUCGAAGGUUUACGAAUCCAGAAGGAUCGGACGAGAUCCCUGCUGAUGUUCCUCAAUGUGUCCCAGGAGAGUUAUGGGAAUUACACAUGCUUCGCCUCAAACCGGCUGGGUGGAAUGAGUGCCAGCAUGUUCCUCCACGGUGGACCCUCCUCCCAUGGACUCCGGGCUGCCUUGUCGAGGGGUCUCUGGUUCUACCUCGGAGCGCUCGGCCUCCUCAUCGCCCUCGGCAGUGAUUAG